GACCGAAAUAUUUCUUUUAAUGGACAGAGAGAAACGCUUCGCAGAGUUUUACACGAUAUUGGCUUUACCUACAAACGUCGUAAUGGCAUUUAUUACCUUAUCGAAAGGCCGGAUAUUGUAAGUAAACGUCAGCGUUUUAUGGAAAAAUAUAUUGAUGCCAAACGACAGGGCUACUACGCUGUUUUUGAAGAUGAAACCUGGACUUAUAAAAAAGGAACUAGUAAAACUCGAGAAUGGCAAAACAAUGAUAGCCGAAGCUGCUCUGUGAAAUCAAACGAUACCGGUGGGCGGUACAUUAUUUGCGAUGCAGGUGGAAUAAAUGGAUUCAUCCCGAAUACUUCGUUGAUUCUUUCAACAACAAAGAAACCAACAAGCUUCGAUGAUUAUCAUGGUGACAUAGACAGCGAAAUGUUCCAUAAGUGGAUGAUUGAAAAACUCCUUCCAAAUUUGCCACCAAAAUCCAUGAUAGUCAUGGACAAUGCUCCAUACCACUCUGUGCAACUUGAAAAACAACCUACGGCAAAGUGGACGAGAGACGAGAUACAAGUGUGGCUUGAAAAAAAUUACGUUGACUUCAAGCGUGACUCAUUUAAAGCCGUACUAUUGGAACUCUGUAGAGCAAACAAGAAGCCAAUCAAAUAUGUCAUCGAUGAGCUUCUGGUUAAAAACACUGACCACAUAAUCAAUCGUCUACCACCAUACCAUUGCUUUUACAACCCGAUUGAAAUGGUUCAAGGACUGGAGAAACGUCACUUCGAUAAAAACGUAGGUCUUGGUCAUGACUACUCCGAGGACAGUAUGCUGAUGCAUUGGAAAAAUGCUGUGGAUUCAGUGACACCAGAAGUAUGGCAAAAUUGUGUUGAAAAAGUCGAAAAAAGAAUUUUUGAAAACUAUGAACGUGAAUUCGGCAACAAGCAAAAACUUCCGAACUUUGACGAAGUACCCGAUGAUGAAGACGCAGAAUUCGAAGACAGUAAUGAUCCAGAUGACUUGAAGCUGCCUAUUGAUGCUGACUCUGUAAGAAGAGCAUUGUUUGCAAAUGGCAACACAGACAGUAAUGCAAAACCAUCAGUAAACAAUGACCCAGUUACUGAGGAAAAAAAAACAGAAGAUCCCGUAGCAUCAACUAUGACUUCAGAUGAAAAUCAAUUACCACUUCGUAACAAUUUAACUUCAUUUAAUGAUUGUCUUUCAGAAUUGGUUAAAAGAACCAGAAGAAACAGUGAUCUCUAAUAAGACCGGGAUUGCACUCCGAGUCUUUGAUUUGAAAACAUUAUUGUCAUCUCACUUACUCAAUGAUCAGAUUAUUAAUUUGUAUCUGCGAUUAGUUGUCCAAAGUGAAGGAUCACACUUUUAUGCGUUUGAUACGCACUUCUACCCGCAGCUGUUAAAAUCGUACGACAG